AUGUGCAGUAGUUCUAUGAGAAGGGGGGGAGGGACGGGGGGAGCAGGGGAAAAGGUGUGUGUCGAGGAGGGGAAGGAGGCGGGACGAGGGGGUUUUGGGGGAGGAAAACGGGAAUGCUGGGGACGGAACGGGAGAGACCGGGAGGGGCGGAGGAAGGAGGUGAGGAGCGGAGCAGUGGCGCGCGAGCAGGAUGCCGCUGCUGGAAAUCUGCAGGUAGCCCAGAGCGACCACAACGCAGGCGACCUCGACCUUUCUCCUGAUGGUGGGCCCGUUGUUGAUGAUUCUGGCGAUGCAGGGGUCCCGCUCGUCCGCUCUCCAGCUGUUACUAAUCCGAGGGACGAUCCCACUAGCCCGCGUGUGCACUGGACGGCCACAGAGAUGCUUCAGCUGGUGCAGGCCAGAGUCGACCUGGAUCCUGACUGGGAUCUCAUGCGCGGAGUUCAAGGUGCCAACUACUGGGCUGCACUCCACACGCUGGUGCUUGAGCGCCAUCCCCGUUUCCGCUUCAGCCGAGGGGCGAUCAAAAUCAAAAUGUUGAGGAUCGAGGCGCAGUACAAACAGCUCCGCGACAGGCUGUCUCGCUCUGGCGCCGGUGCAAUCCGCUACUUCCCUUCCUGGUACGGACUGAUGGAGACAAUCCGUGGCAAUCGCCCUGGAGUCCAGCCCGUCCACCGUGUGACUGCUGCGAUGAUAACCACUCCUACUCCCCUACCAGUUCCUACCCCAACAGCCGUGACGCACGUCGGUCCUAUUCGUGCAAGGCCUGCUGUUCUAGCAUCUACUACCACCACCAUCCCAAGUGUGGAUGCCACCAUCCGUGCUGCAACGACUGGUGGAUCGGGACGGAACACGCGCACUCCAUCUACGGAUGUGAACUCCCCGGUUACGCCAAGCGGGCCUGUUUCACGCACGCCUACCCCACGCACUCCUACUACGGCGGUGGUGACUCCAGUAACCACAACUAAUCAGCCCACCGCACCGCCGUCUGGCACUGGUUCGCCAUCCACGCCAUCACCUUCCGUUCCCACCGCGUCCCCCUCGACCUCCGCGGGUGGGACGGGGACGCCUCCUGCAGGGGGAUCACCAACACAGAGCAAUGGUCGGUCAACGGCAGGCUUGAUUGGUGUUGGCCCGGAGACUGCAAUUGCCACGGUCAUGGCGGAAAGCAUCGCAAGCGCCAUAAACAGUGCUGUGGACCGUGCAUGCGACAGGUUUGAGAGCCUUACCCGGUCGUUGGUCGGGUCAUGGCCGGGUGAGUCCGAGCCCAGGAUGAAUGGAGGCCAUGGGCCAACCGAUCACGACGGAGAGCUGGAGUAA